AUGGGCCAGCAAGAAGAUCAUGUUGGUAAUUCUAAUCAGUUGGUAACAACGAAUACUUAUGACUGGCUACAGUAUCAGGAGGAGGAGGAGCGUCGUAGCCAUUCUGCCCAUAGCUCUUUUAUUUCGAUGAAUACGCUUGGCAGAUGGACAAGUAGGUUGUGGCACGACCACGGCGUUGGUGCUCUCCCGCAAGACGUGGGUGGGGAGGCAUAUGAGAUACAGUACUGUGUGUUUAAACCUCUGCGAGGUUACACGACACUUCCGCCCCUUCCUGACAGGGAAGUACUACAGCAGAAUUUCCAAUACAUAGUAUCAGAAUGUGUGGAUGCACUCACACGAUACCACAUCGAACUACGAAGGAUUAAGGCCGGGUCAAGCGGAUCUUACUUUGUUUAUGGGUCUGUUGAUUCCACACCGCUGGGUGUUUUUAAGCCCAAAGAUGAAGAGCCUUAUGGUCCUUUAUCGCCCAAGUGGACCAAAUGGGCACACAGAACUUUUUUCCCCUGCUUCUUCGGCCGCAGCUGUUUGAUUCCAAAUCUCGGAUAUAUCUGUGAGUCAGCAGCAAGUCUUUUGGACCAAAGACUCGCCACGAACCUAGUUCCACACACAGACACUGUGGUCCUCAUGUCAACCAGUUUUUACGACACAAGACAAGCAUGGUUCUCCAUGGAGGCACGAAAGCAGAAAAAAAUUGGGUCUUUCCAAUUAUUUCUCAAGGAUUAUGUGGGGGCUGGAGAGUUUUUUAAUAAACAUCCGCUGCCUGGUAUGUUUAGAGAGCGAAUUACAUCUUCGAACGAAAAUGAUUUUCAUUGGAAUGAGCAAACAUUAUCUAAAUUUAGAUCUGAACUGGAGAAACUCAUAAUUUUGGACUACAUUAUGAGAAACACCGACCGAGGGCUGGAUAACUGGAUGGUUCAUACCAAAAAGCUACCAGAUGGAUCAUGGGAUAUAAAAUUAGCUGCAAUCGACAACGCGCUCACUUUUCCGUGGAAACACCCAGACGAAUGGAGAUCUUUUCCUUAUGGGUGGCUAUACUUACCGGUAAACAUCCUGGCACAACCUUUUUCGGAACAGACAAGACGACAUUUCCUUCCACUUUUGACUAAUGUAAAAUGGUGGGAGCAAUCAUACAUGGAAUUUACUGAGCUUUUCAGCAGAGACUCUGAGUUUAAAAUGAGAAUGUGGAAAAAGCAGUGGAGUGUCUUGAAAGGACAGGCUUUCAAUGUCAUUGAAACGAUAAAAAAUCCUCGACAAGGUCCCCUAGAACUUGUUCGAAGAACAAGAACCCUGGUUAUUGAUGAAACAAUGGAAAUCCCAUCAACAACUCUUCCUCUGGCCAUCCUUCAUAGUGCAAUGCAAGAACCUAUUCCUUUCUCAGCUUCCUCACCUAUGGUUUUAUCAUCAGUUCCUGAAGAUCGUGCAAUUGAUUUAGGCUCAGAUUCAAAUCUCGCUGACGUAAACGUGCAAAGCGGCGAGGAGGUAAAUGCACUUGAACAGGGCUACAAGACCAAGAAAGUUGUCAUCGAAAGAUUGAUGCUAGUUAAUUCGAAGCCGCCGGUAUUUACAUGGUGGUAA